AUGGAGAGGAGGAAAGAAUUAGUCUUGACCUUCCACAGUCCUAAGGUUCCCAAAAUUAAGGGGAACCGGAAAUACCAAAGGCCUACCCUCCCCACCAACAAACAUCCGAGUGCCUCGAUGCCACCCCAGAGGCGGCAGCAGCAUGUGGAUCAAACACACACCUACAUCCGAAUGUUCUGUGGCAGCCUCUGUGGUUUUAGCCUCCUGAUGCUGAUCUGCGUGUCCCCACUGAAUUGGGUGCAGUUCCUGGUGAUCAAGAAUGGCCUUGAGCUCUACGCAGGACUCUGGAUCACAUGCAACCAUGAGCUGUGCUGGAGCCACACACCCAAGCCACCCUAUUACCUCCAGUAUUCCAGGGCCUUAUUCCUCAUCUCUGUCCUAAUCAUACUCAUUGACCUUGGCUGGCUCUUCAGCUCUUGCCUACCUAGAAGAGGAAGCAUGACCACCAACUUGGAUCUGAAGGUAUCCAUGCUCAGCUUCAUCUCAGCCACCUGCUUGCUCUUCUGCCUCAUCCUAUUUCUGGCACAGGUUCAUUGGUAUACUAGAGAUGCCAUGGAGUCAAAUCUCCUAUGGGCCUAUCAUCUUAAUUGGUGGAGUGACUUCUUAUACAUGUUUGCUGGAAUCAUCUCCUUCCUCAACUACAUAACUUCCAGAUCUCCUCCCCUUGAUCAAAAUGUCUCUGCAAGUCCCAUAGAGACAUCAAGGUUGGGGGUUGGUCCAGUGACUACAAUAUCACCUGCUGAAGAUGAAGUGGCAAGGUCUGAGACGGAAUCUCCAAGUGAGGAGAAGAAUAAGUUACCAAAUGCAGAACUGUGA